ACGCGUCCUGCCGGCAUUGAACAAUGACGUUGGGCGUGCCGCAUCGACCUCCUUUGGAUCAGGCACCGGAUCAAGGGAUAGUGCCAGACUGGGUGAAGCCAUCUACAUCUUUUACCACAUCGACCAUGGCCGACUCGGGCAGCGCGUCAUCAGAGUUGGAGUUCUACCCGCAGUUCUGCUUCCACCUGUCGCCAACAGCAGGUCGUUGGUGUCACUUGCAGGCAACAGACAUUGCAGCCUUGACAUUCAACCCGGGUUUCGAAGGCCAAGAUGUCUACUUCUACCUCAACCAUCCCAUAAAAUGGGCGCGCAUUGCCGGCGUCGUGGUCGCCAUACAAGAAUUUGCCCACAGGAUAAUCUACACCAUUGACGACAGCAGCGGUGCGACCAUUGAAUGUGUUGUCGCAACCCCGCCCCAGUACCCAGCCGUUACCAACUACAAAAACCCUAGAGACCCCGAUACCUCAGCCGAUGGGAAGCCUCUUCCUAAAACCGAUGGGCCAAUUGAUAUCGGCCACGUAAUCGACAUCAAAGGUGGCAUAUCCGUCUUCCGCGAUGUGAGGCAAAUUCGCGCCGAGAAGAUCACCCAUCUACGCACGACAGAGCAGGAGGCAGUAUUUUGGCAGAAGAUUGCCUUGCUAAGGAAGGAGGUCUUGUGCCGACCAUGGGUGGUUGAUCCGAAGGAGGUCAGGAAGCUCAGGAGGGAAGAAGAAGGAAGAGUCAAGAAAUCGAAGCUGACGGGGCUCGAGCGGGAAAGCAAGAGGAGGAAGCUCGAGGAAGACACAGUGGUGGAGGGAGAGGGUAGGCCAUCACGGGUCUCUCGCAAGACCGGUUUGGAAAAGGGCACGCAGAGCGGUGGUGUGCUGGUGGCGGAGGUGGCGACGGAUGGCCGCCACUCUCACCAUCACCGGACAGGACUCGAGCGGCGAGCAACGACGAGGGCGGAAGUGCUGCAUCACGAGUCCGGCAGCCCUGACCGUCGUCGGCGGAAGACGGGAUUGGAACCGCGGCGUCCGUCGGUUGGUGAUGGAGGACGACCGGCAGCCCGGCUUAGGCAACCGCUGGAGCGACCAGAUCUUGAUGAGACGAUGUCUGGAAGUCACAGUCAGCUUAGAACUGGACUGGAACGACGAAGCACUCGGUCAAAAGCACAGGAUCCGAUACCUAGCAGUCUUCGAUCCCGCCAGACUGGCCCGGAGAAGACAAGCAUCUUGGAGGUUGCUGACCAUGAUACAGCUCUGAGCACAAGCCGGUUGACUGGUCUCGAAAGACGCAGCUUAUUGAGGAAAGCAGAGCUCGGGCCAGCAGUCCGUGAAAUCAAACACCGAAAGACUGGGCUGGAGAAAUCAAGCAUAUUAGAGGCCACAGACGACACGACGCUGAGCACAACACGGCCAACUGGUCUUGAAAAGAGGAGCUCCCGAACGAUCGAACAGGCGCCUGCAUCUGCUUGUCGGUCCCAAAAGACCGGCCUGGAAAGGACGAGCAGGCCAAAGAGGCAAGACAUGACAGAAGACGCCACUGUGAUAUCAACCGGCAGCCGCCCUUAUAAAACUGGCCUCGAGAGAGCAGCAAGUCAACGCACAGGAGACCUUGGUCACAAGACUGGUCUUGAAAGGCAACGUAGCAGAGACCUGGAGAAGCAGCCAAAUACCCAUUAUCGCGCCGCUGGGCUAGAACCACGGAAACAGGGCCAGCACAGCUCUGAUCCCAGUCAGGCCCGGAUCACAGGUUUGGAAAGGCAGGGUUCUAGGAGAGCUCUCGUGGAGAAAAGCUCCCAAAAUUCCCAAAAUUCCCAGUCUGAUCAGCAGCUGCAAGAAGACAAGUGUGAGCCUGGGACUACCACACUGCGCUCGAGCAGCAUUAAAAGGCCCGAGAGCCCGGUUUUGGUGAGGGGAAAGAUGAGGUUAACUGGGUUGGAGAGGGUCGUCCUAGCUGUCCCACCACCAGACGGCCGGAAGUACCCACGACCUUGGUUCCCGAUCUGGAGGACGGUUACCGUCACUGCUCAGGGUCAACCGGCAGCUGCUACUGGUACUUGCGUGGCGGUGACAGGAGAUUCGAGCUCUUCUACCGCCAGCAAGAGGAGCCACUCUAUCCCCUUUGGAUCGCCUGGGUGGACAACGGAACGUCCUUCGGUCAUCAUCAGCACACGUUCUGAUUCGGGGUCAGAGGCGGAGCAGACUAUCCAGGCCGUUUCCGAGGAGAGUCCUGACGGGGACACGACUCUCUUUUCGGACGAGACGAGUCCCGCUUCUGGUCAACAACCUGCCAGCAGCACCGGCUCGGGCGAGGUCGCCUCUGAAGUGACACCAACCCCUGAGGUUGUCACACAGCCAGCUUCUCCUACCAGCAGCACGCAACCAACAUCGACAACUGACCUCGGUGACACCAACACUGUCAGUGUCAUCACCAGUGUCAACCCCUCGGGAACGCUUCAGAUCCUGCCCACGGACGUUCCUAUCGAGUCGACCAACACGGGCACCAUUCCUACCGACGCUCCGUCGAGCGGGUAUCCUACCUCUCAACCGCUUAUUACUUCCCCUAUCCCGUCUCCGACAGAGCUCAUCUCUGCCACGGCGUCGGUUCCGACCGAUCAGCCGUCCGCGCCCUCGGAAACGGUCAGCAUGAUUGUCCCCAACAUUUUCGCGGCGCCGAUUUCUACGGACCCGCCCCCGUCUCAGAUCCCCCAGAGGAAGGACCACCCCGCCCCUAGAAUCGGCAUCAAGUCGGCUGGUCCCAUUGGGACGAACAAGUUUUACAAUAAUUUCUUCUUGGGGAAUCAGACCUCGCCUAGUUACCUGUUUCCCUACAGUGUCACCUGGGCGAGGGGAGGUGGUGCCUCGGGGACGUGGGGCAUGGCCAUUUCGCAUGUCGAUGCUAGCCAGAGGGUGUACGGGCAGAACGACCCUGGUUCGGGAGCGGCGAGGUAUUACAUCAAUCCUAUUGGGAUCCACUCGGUGUGCUUGAGCGCGAAGGAGCUCGGGCCGGGGACGGUGUUGACUAGUGACAACCUGACGGACUUUUCGAGCCUGGUGAGCUUGAGGGCGCGAGAGGGGGGCCAGGCGGUGAUCCAGUUCCCGCUGGUUCAGGGGGCGGGGUUCGUGACGGGGGUGUACAACGGGGGCCAGCCGGUGGUUCAGACGGGAAUCUUCUUCAAGACCGUGACGAGGGCGUCCAAGGAGGCGAAGGAGGGGGUGGUCAAGUAUAGACUGCAUUUGGAGGACGGGACGACGUGGUUGGUGUAUGCUUAUCACACGAAAGGGGAGGCCUUGAACUUGCAGGUUGUGAACAAUGGAAGGGCGGAGUCGACGGGGCCGUUUUAUGGCAUCGUUCAGGUUGCCAAGGCGAGCGAUGGGGAGUCAGAAAAAGUUUACGACCAGGCUUGUGGGACGUAUGCGGUGGGGGUUGACCUGAGCGGGGGGGUGAAUGGGAAGACGGGGACGUAUCGGUUUGGGUUUAGGAAGCAGGGGAUGUAUCAGAGUCCUGUCGCGCAGUUUGCGCUGCCGCAUCAUCUGAGUUCUUUUGAUGAUGGGACGAGGGGGAAGGUGACGGGGGUGAAGCUGCAGACGCCGACGAAGGGGGUGGCGUAUCUGGUGCUGGCGGACAGCUGGACCAUGGUGGAGACGGAGCUGCCGACGGGGAUUGGGUUUUUGCCUUGGAGCCCCGAGGCGGGGGAGGUGAAGGGGUUGAGCGAGGGGGUGAGGAGUUUUGUGAAGGGGGUUGCGUUGCAGGAGGUGAGCCAGGAUAUGCUGCAGCAGAGCGAUCAGAAUUCGAUGUAUUUCAGUGGGAAGGCGUUGGCCAAGUUUGCUAGCAUUAUCUUGGUUAUUCGGGACAUGCUUGGUGACGAGGCGCUGGCGUUGACGGCGCUGAACCAGCUCAAGCAGGCGUUCGCGCGGUUCGCCGAGAACAGGCAACAGUUCCCGCUUGUGUACGAGGGCGGUUGGGGAGGCGUCGUCUCUUCGGCGAGCUACGUCACGGGCAACUCUGGCGCCGACUUUGGCAACUCCUACUACAACGACCACCACUUCCACUACGGGUACUUCAUCCUCACCGCCGCGAUCAUCGGACAUCUCGAUCCUUCCUGGAUCCCGGCCAACAAGGCCUACGUCAACACGCUGGUCCGGGACGUGGCCAACCCGAGCGCGGCGGACCAGUACUUCCCCGUGUGGAGGAACUUUGACUGGUACCACGGCCACAGCUGGGCCCACGGGCUGUUCGACACGCUCGACGGCAAGGACCAGGAGUCGAGCUCGGAGGACACGAUGGCGUCGUACGCGCUCAAGAUGUGGGGGACGGUGAGCGGCGACCAGAACCUGGCGGCGAGGGGGAAUCUGAUGCUGGCUGUGCAGGCGAGGUCGCUGAACUCGUAUUACCUGUACACCGAGAGCAACACGGUGCAGCCGAAGAAUUUUAUUGGGAACAAGGUUGCGGGGAUUUUGUUUGAGAACAAGGUGGACCACACGACGUAUUUUGGGACGAAUAUUGAGUAUGUGCAGGGGAUUCACAUGCUGCCUCUGUUGCCGCACACGCCCAUGGUGAGGAGGAAGGAGUUUGUGAGGGAGGAGUGGGAUGCGUACUUUUCGGGAGGGAGGGCGGAGCAGGUCACUGGGGGGUGGAAGGGGAUUUUGAUGGGGAAUUAUGGGACGAUUGAUCCGAGGGGAGGGUAUGACUUUUUUAGCGGGGGAGGAAGGGGAGGGGUGUUUAAGGGGGAGUGGUUGGACGGGGGGGCGAGUUUGACUUGGUAUCUGGCUUAUUGUGCGGCGCUUGGGGGGUUGUGA